GUCAAAGAAAGUGGCCACAUAACCAUCACCUUUUUAUCAUCAAGAAAAAAAAAAAAAAAAGAAAAAAAAAUCAUCUUAUUGUUUACUCCCAUCUGGCUUUUGUUAUUUUUUUUCCCUUGUCCAUCUUCCAUUCCACAGAAAGAGAAAAGAAUAAAGAGAAAUGGGGACUCUGCAGCAACCAGUCUCAGCAGCACAAGCUUAUGAAAGAGAAGCUGCAAAAGAAGAAGCCCAUAAUCAUCAUCAAGAUGCUGGAGCUCUUUUUGUUCUGAAAUCAAAAGGAUCAUGGGUGCACUGUGGAUAUCACUUAACAACAUCAAUAGUAGCACCACCUCUGCUGAGUCUGCCUUAUGCUUUCACCUUCCUUGGAUGGACUGCUGGAAUUUUGUGUUUGGUUAUCGGGGCUCUUGUCACUUUUUAUUCAUACAAUUUGAUUUCUUUGGUUCUUGAACAUCAUGCUGAAUUGGGUCAUCGUCAUCUCCGUUUCAGAGACAUGGCUAAUGAUAUUUUAGGGCCCAACUGGGGUCGUUAUUUUGUUGGCCCAGCUCAGUUCAUAGUCUGCUAUGGUGCUGUGGUUGCUUGCACUCUUCUUGGAGGACAAUGCAUGAAGUCAAUUUACUUGCUGUCAAACCCAAAUGGAAGCAUGAAGCUUUUUGAAUUUGUAGUGAUAUUUGGAUGCUUUAUGCUGAUUUUAGCACAAAUCCCAUCUUUUCACUCUCUGAGGCACAUCAAUUUGGUGUCCCUAGUGUUAUGCCUAGCCUACAGUGCCUGUGCAACUGCUGCUUCUAUUUAUAUUGGAAAUUCAUCCAAAGGGCCAAAGAAGGACUAUUCUCUACAGGGUGAUAAUGAAAGUCGAAUUUUUGGGAUCUUCAACGCAAUUGCUAUCAUUGCCACAACAUACGGCAAUGGUAUCAUUCCAGAAACUCAGGCAACGCUAGCACCUCCAGUGAAAGGAAAGAUGUUCAAGGGUUUAUGUGUCUGUUAUAUGGUAAUUAUGGUGACUUUUUUCAAUGUUGCAAUUUCUGGGUAUUGGGCAUUUGGGAACCAAUCUGAGGGUCUCAUUUAUACCAAUUUCCUAGAAGAUGGCAAACCUUUGGUCCCAAAAUGGUUCAUUUUCAUGAUCAACAUUUUCACCAUACUUCAACUAUCAGCUGUUGCUGUGGUUUAUCUCCAGCCCACAAAUGAAGUGCUAGAGAGAACAUUUGCAGACCCAUCAAGCAAAGAAUUCUCUUCCCGAAAUGUGAUCCCCAGAGUGAUAGCUCGGUCACUCUCUGUUGUCGUAUCAACAACUAUAGCGGCAAUGCUUCCAUUUUUUGGGGACAUCAGUGCUGUCAUUGGAGCAUUUGGUUUCAUGCCUCUUGAUUUCAUCUUGCCAAUGGUAUUCUUCAACGUAACAUUUAAACCAUCCAAGAGAAGUCUCAUUUUCUGGUUAAAUGUCAUAAUUUCUGUAGUUUUUUCAGCUCUAAGUAUCAUAGCAGCAAUAGCAGCAAUAAGACAGAUCAGCCUUGACGCCAAAAAUUAUAGAUUAUUUGCAAACGUAUGAUUAGUUUUCGACCAUCUCAGCUUAUUUUGUUACUUUCUUUUUUUUUUUUUUUAUUUAAUUGAUUGUUAGUAUGGCUAACUUCUUAUUUUAAGUGUGGAGUUCUUCUUAGUUAAUUUUACAUAUAUAUGAAUUGGUAUGCAAAGUAAUGGUUCUUUUUUAUUAUUA